GCUGCGCGUUUGGGGCGGGCCCAGGAGCAUUCGAAGAGACUAAGUUUCUGGGCGAGUAAACCGGGAUUUGCUUGGCACUGGGUGGAGCUCCGUGGCCAAACCGGACGGAUUCCGACUGGGGCGUGGGCCUGAGGCGGGGCUGUAGCGGUGGCACUGCUUUUGAGGACCGCGUAGCGGACAUGGCGAGCUCCCGGGUGCCACAGCAGCUUUUCCUGCAGGGUGUGGCCGCAGUCUACUUGUUCGCUUUUGCGUCCCUCUACACCCAGAUCCCAGGCCUCUAUGGCCCAGAGGGCAUCCUUCCUGCUCGAAGAACACUGCGGCCCCAAGGCAAGGGUCGGUGGCAGCAGCUGUGGGAAAGACCAACGCUGCUGUGGGAGGCACCAAAACUGGGGCUGGAUACUGCCCAGGGUCUGGAUCUACUGACUCUAUUGGGCACCGUGCUAGCCCUGGGUGCCCUGCUCCUGAACUCCCUGCGACAUCCCUUGAUCUACCUGCUGCUCUGGGCUGCCUACCUAUCAGUGUGCCAGGUGGGCCAAGUGUUCCUUUAUUUCCAGUGGGAUUCCCUGCUGCUGGAGACGGGCUUCCUGGCUAUACUGGUAGCCCCACUGAGGCAGCCAUCCAAGCACAAGGUCCCCCAGGGUGGAUUAGCAGGCGCCUCACUCCAUGAGGACCUCCCAUUCUGGCUCGUGCGCUGGCUGCUGUUCCGACUCAUGUUCGCCUCUGGUGUAGUCAAGCUGACCAGCCGCUGUCCUGCGUGGUGGGGACUCACUGCCCUCACCUACCACUAUGAGACACAGUGCCUGCCCACACCAGCUGCCUGGUUUGCCCACCACCUGCCUGUCUGGCUGCACAAGCUCAGCGUGGUGGCCACCUUCCUCAUCGAGAUUGCAGUUCCCCCUCUGUUCUUUGCCCCCAUUCGCCGCCUACGAUUGGCUGCCUUCUAUGCUCAGGCAUUACUGCAAAUCCUGAUUAUCAUUACUGGCAACUAUAAUUUCUUCAACCUGCUAACCUUGGUACUCACCACUGCCCUCCUGGAUGACCGUCACCUGUCUGCAGAGCCUGGCCACAGGUACCACAAGAAGAUGCACACCUCCUGGCCCAAGACCCUGCUGACCAUGUUGUCCCUGCUGCUGGAGCUGACUGUCUAUGGGCUGCUGGCCUAUGGCACCGUGCACUACUUUGGCCUGGAGGUUGAUUGGCAGCAGGAUAUCAUCGUCUCUAAAACCACCUUCACCUUCCACCAGUUCUCCCAGUGGCUGAAGAUGGUAACCCUGCCUACUGUGUGGCUGGGGGCAGCCUCCCUGGCCUGGGAGUUGCUUAUCGCCCUCUGGAGGUGGAUUCAUGUACAAGGAUGGCUGCGGAAGUUCUUUGCCAGUAUCCAGCUCUCCAUCCUGGGCACCGCCACAGUGGCUUUGUUCUUGAUCAGCCUAGUAGGUAACCCUGUGGAGAAUGGGGUUGGGGGAAGAUGGGGCAGGACUGAACUGUGGCCUGCUUGCCUGCAGGUACCUUACUCCUACAUGGAGCCUGAGACCCACGGGCGUCUCUGGACUGGAGCUCAUCGCCUGUUCAGUUCCGUGGAGCAUCUCCAGCUAGCCAACUCAUACGGCCUUUUCCGUCGGAUGACUGGUCUGGGUGGGCGGCCUGAAGUGGUGCUGGAGGGCAGCUAUGACGGACACCAUUGGACAGAGAUUGAAUUCAUGUACAAACCCGGGAAUGUGAGUCAACCACCCCCUUUCCUGAUCCCCCAUCAGCCGCGCCUUGAUUGGCAGAUGUGGUUUGCAGCCCUUGGCCCACAUACACACAGCCCCUGGUUCACCAGCCUGGUGCUCCGUCUCCUGCAGGGCAAGGAGCCAGUGAUCCGGCUGGUCCAGAACCAGGUUGCCAAGUAUCCCUUUCAUGAGCGGCCACCCACCUACCUGCGGGCCCAGCGCUAUAAGUACUGGUUCUCACAGCCCGGGGAGCAAAACCAGUGGUGGCACCGCCAGUGGGUAGAAGAAUUCUUCCCACCUGUAUCCCUGGGGGACCCAACGCUGGAGACGCUGCUCCAACAGUUUGGGCUUCAGGAUAAGAGUCCACCCCGGACCCGCAGCCCCAGCAGUACCCUAGCUCAGACGCUGAACUGGGUGCGGAUGCAGCUGUCUCCUCUGGAGCCUUCUAUCCUGCUAUGGGGGCUCUUGGGGGCAGUGGUGACUAUCCGAGUCAUGCGGACCCUACUGGCUCCCCGCCCACUCCAGUCCUCAAAACUGGCUAGAGAGGAAAGACGCAAGCAAACUCCCAAGAAGGAUUCCAGAGCUACCUCUGAGCGGGCUGGCCUGGCUCCCAACAGCAACAGCAGUGACUCCUGGGUCCCCCGGCGUAAAAAAUAGCUUCAUGUACUGUCAGCCCAGCUACAUGUCCUGACAGAGUCAGAUCCCCGGGAUUCCAGCACAUACCAUGACAGAGCCCAGCCACUGUGCCUUAGCCAGUCCUGCCAGGGCAGAUGCAGACUGGAGCGCUACCCCUGAGGAUAACCUGGUGUUACUUGAGAGCCCUACUUGUCCCUCUAUGCCAACCACACUCUUCACUAGUCACCUUCUACUGUCUUGGCAGCCAACCCAGAAGUGGGCAUGAGGGCAGCUCAGGACCUUUCCUGAAACACUGUAAUCAAUGUACCCAUAGGUGCAAAGGCCUGAGUCUGGAGCUCCUACCCAGCCCCGCUGUGGAAAGGGUGAGCUAGGCCUCCUGAGGAUAGGAGCCAGGGGUGGUGGGUCCAUGACACAGGGCCGGCCUGCCCCUGAGACAGCACCAAUAAAGGCACCAUUUCUACAUACCCAUUUACUGGUGGUUUCUUCCUUCUGAGGAGACCUGAGGACAGUGGUACAGCCUAGACUGGUUAUUAAAUGGGCUCCUUCCUUGUCAUUCAAUGUUCUCCAUAAAAUAAACAAAAAGGCAGCCUGGCAGUGGCGGCACAUGCCUUUAA